CGCCACUGUUUGCGCCUACGUCACUGUCGCGGGCUUUGUUUUGAUAUGGCGGCAAGUUUGUGAAGUUCCCCUUUUAGGAGGGUGGUGGAGUUUUAAACAUCUGUGUUAAACGUCGUCACCUCACUCUACUUAUUUGCGCUGAAGAACAACCAAGAACGGGGUGGCAGCAUCAUGUCCUCUCCCCUCGCCGGGCUUCCGCACUCUUCGUCUGACUUUUUGGCCCGCUGGAUGCCAAGCAGCACCAGGGCCGGUGUGAUUCUGGACCCUGGCUGUCUGCGGUAUGACUCCACGGGAGCUGCCGUGACCUCGGAGCCGGAGGACUUUGCUCCCAUUGCCACCUCAGUGGACAGCAGCUGCCUAGAUGUUGAGAGCCUUUCCGGGGCACCUGGAAGAUACAGUGAGGCGGGCAGGCUGGAGGAGACGCCCAACAGCUCCCAGGAAGUUUCCAUUACGAUGAAGCUGGAUCAGCUGAGGAGGUGGCAGCAGCACUUGCAGGAGCAGCUGAAAGUUGACCAGCUGGACCAGCUCCUUUGCCUCCAGGAGAAGCAGCAGCAGCAGCAGCAGAGGGCUGCAGGAGCCUCUAGUCCUGGGCACAACCACUCCAGUCAUCCCGAGGGAGCCCAAAAGCACCGGCACCAAGAAGAGGAAGCGCUCACACGGCUAGAAAACUGUCAAAAUAGUACUGAAAGGCAUGAUGAGGAAGAUGGCCCGAAACAUGAUGGGUUUCCCACGCCAAGAGCAAAUACCAAUAACCACAACACUCACGACAACAAAAGAAAAGAUAACCGAAUGAUACGAGACAGACCAAUCCAGGCAGGCAAGCAAACAUUUGAAGAGAUGCUAGAGGAGCAGCUGAGAUUGGAAGAGCACAGGUUGAAAUCUGCCCAGCAACAGCAGAAUCCAGAUGGAGGGCAGUCAGCGCCGCCCCCUAAACGGGCAUUUCUGAGGCGAGGCGAGGGCUUGUCUCGAUUUACCAGGAAGUCUUCUCUUCCCAAAGAGGACCUAAACGCAGAUCUCAAACCAUCAAGCCAGGCCACAGUCGUAACCCGCACCACCUCGGAGAAAGGGGUGGAGCAGCGACUUCCCGUCCAGCGCAAAACCGCCACCAUGAACAAGGAGAACCGUCCGAGAGACGAAAGGGACAGAAGAGAUGUCAGGGUUGAGAUGAAAGCAACGCGGACCAAAGUGUUGGGAUGCCACCAGAGACAAAACACAGGGGGGGAAGUGAGGACUAACAGACAAGUGGAGGAAAGUAAAACCGCAACGAAGCAGGCAGACGCGCGGGCAGUGUUGCCCAACGUGCUUCAAGAAUCACUCGAGACGUCCUUGGUGGAGAAGCUGCGCCGUUGGGAGUGCGAACGCCAUCUGGAGAGCAUGGAGCUGGGAGAGUUUGAGCUACUGGAGCAAGCGGCGGACGAGCUCUCCUUCUCAUCCAACUCUUCCUUCGUCAGCAAGAUUCUGCAGAUGGACCGCGAGAAGCAGAAGCUGUUGGGUGUGGCCGGGCUCCACCAGAGACGACUCUCAUCAACACCCAUCAAGCUGCCACCGGCCAGAGAGCAGCAGCGGAGUCCCGAAAUUAUCAGUGGCGCCGUGAAAGGCCAUGACGAGGAGGAGGAGUCCUCAUCAGAGGCCCACGACAACGUUAAAGAGACCGAACGGAUCGUCGACCCGCCGGGUUUUCUCAGCAGCGUAUGCUACCCCGUCCCGUCGGAGCCGCCGUACGACAAGCGCUCUUACCAGGAUGACAACGGCGAGAGCGAAGACGUGGUCAGCAGUAUUGGCGACGACGAAGAUGACGACUCUUCCACACUGGAGGACGACAAAGAUGCGACACCGGGUCAAGUUGUGUUUGAUGACGACACCACGUGGAACGAGACGGACGACACAGCGGUCAGCAUCGAACCCGUUGACGCAGAAGCGGCCAAUCAAGCGUCAGAUGUUGCUCCUACCCUGCCUCCUCCUCCAAACUCCAAACUUAUGAUGAAAUUGUUCCCUGCGCUCAAGCCAAAGACCCAAAAUGCACCUCUUCCUCCGCCUGACAUCACCUCAACCUCCCCACCCGACAAGACGGACAACAAGCCAGAGCAGCAGGUCCAAUCCACACAGUUGAGGGAGCGACUGGUGGAGCUGGAGAUCGAGAUUGAGCGUUUCAAGAAGGAAAACGCAGCGUUGGCCAAGCUUCGACAGGAAAACGAACAGAACCAGGAGAACCUCAGGAAGGAGCGGCUGGCGUGGGAGCAGGAGCGAGCCGAGCAGCUGGCUCGAUUUGAGGAGUACAAGAGGGAAGAAACGGCGAAGCUGCAGCGCGAACGCAAAGUCUUUGAGAAACACGCAUCGGCCGCCCGAGCCGUGCCAGACAAGAAGGAACGUGAGGAGAUACAGGCUCUGAAGCAGCAGCUGAGCUCCCUACAAGAGGACCUGAAAAAGAAGGAGAGUCGCUGGUCCGCCACUCACGGUCGCCUCCGCCAGCAGAUCGACUCGCUCGGCCAGGAGAACAGCGAGUUGAGAGACGAGGUGCGUAUGCUGGAAAAACUUCGCCUGAGUGCCUUGAAGAACUCUGUAGUCACAGAAAAAGACGUCAGACAUGGGCCUUCUGUGAGCAAAGGAGUCACGUUUGCUAGUCCUCUGGACUCGAGGAGUGUCAGCCCUCCACGUGGCAGCGCUGCAGCGCCCCCUAGAGGCAACUCCACUGCACAAGCAAGUAAAGGGACGAAGAGCAGCCUGAAAAAAACAACAGAGUCCUCCUCUUCCUCAUCACCACGAGAAGUGUCAGAGGAAAAGCAAAUGGCUGCCAAAGAGAACUCUCCAAAUGAACAAGAUUCUGACAGCUACUCGCCGUUGGUGUGGGAGUCCAAUGAAGCAGACAGAAGCGAGACGACAUCUUUGCAGGAAGUCAUCACGCAUCCUGAUGGCAAGGUGGAGACGGUCCUGGCGGGUGGCGAUCGCGUCAUUGUCUAUCCCAACGGCACCACAAAACAGGUGUCGUGUGACGGCACGACUGUCACAGUAAAUUUCUUCAAUGGUGACACCAAAGAAGUCACGGCCGACCACAGGGUGUUGUACUACUAUGCCGACACCAAGACGACGCACAUCACAUACCCGGAUGGUAUGGAGGUCCUGCACUUCCCCAACAAUCAGAUAGAAAAACACUUCCCAGAUGGCCGUAAAGAAAUCACAUUUGCAGACCAGACGGUGAAGACCCUUUUCCCAGACGGCAGCGAGGAGAGCGUCAUGACGGACGGAACAGUCGUACAAAUCAAAACGGACGGCACCAAGGAGAUCCAUUUCAACACGGGACAGAAGGAGGUGCACACGGCUGACUACAAGAGGCGAGAGUACCCCGACGGCACGGUCAAGACUGUCUACACCGACGGACGGCAGGAGACGCGAUAUCCUGGAGGACGGCUCCGCGUCAAAGACAAAUACGGAAACGUGCUGACGGACGAGCGGCAGUAGACACGCCACACGUACUGUUCUAGAGCGCCACCAAACACAAGGAGCCUUUUCUAUUUAUUUUUUUCCAGUUUGGAACUCCAUUUUGGCGCGUUACAGCCACACCGAUAAAACAAUGUUAAAAAAUGUUUAAAAAUUACAACAUAUAUGUUGUAAUGUUGAAGAAUGAUCCCCUGCUAGUAGUACAAGAAAAACUUUUAAAUGUUUAGAACUGAGCCCUUAAAAAAAGUUGCAGUAUUAUACAUGUAUAUUUUUUGUAAACUGAACAAAUGUCUAUAUUUGUGUAACUUAUUUAUCAAUGUAAUAAUUUUUUUGUAGAAGAUUUACCAUUAAAAUAUUACAACUUUCUUAUGUAAUUUCUACAUUAUUUUCAAUUUUAUUCACAUAAUGCACAAGCUCAUUCCUGAGUGACUUUUACCUGGACCACUUAAAAAAAGUGUUAAUAUUGCUUUUAAAAAGGUGCUAACGUUAUGGUCAAAAGUGAUAAAGUGUCCAUUUCUUUUACACACCCAUUGCUCACUAUUUUUCACUUUUAAAUGUUCCCUAAGCACUACGUUGACUUCUUUUAUCUGUGACUCUUAAAAGGUCAAAAUAAAGGAAGCUUUUUUU